GUUUGAGAGAGUUCAUGGUUGUGUGUUUGCGUGUUACAGAGCUCCUGUGUGUGAGUGUAAAUGUGUGUGUGUGUGUAAGUGUGUGUAUGUGCCUGCUGAGUCUCUGCUGCUGAUGGCUAUCUCACGGAGAGCUCUAUUGAUUUGACAGAGUCUACAGGUUGCUAUGUCCCAUCUAGAGUUUCACACCGGUAAAUCGACGGAAAACGAGGGGAGACAUGAAAUGCUGAAGGACGACGGUUGGGAGGUCGAGCACGACUCAGCCUUGCUGGGUCGAAAUACAAGGUGUGCCAUGCUGCAGUCAGUGUCCAUCUCUCACCUGAUAACACUAUUGGCCCUGCUGGUCCAGGGGCUCUCUGGGGCAUCUACCCAGGAGGCCCCUGCCAGUCCCCCACCCAUGGGUGACUCCAGCUGGGCCCUAGGUCUGCGCCUGUACCAGACCCUCCGCUCCGAGUCCGGGGCCCUCAACACCCUCUUCUCCCCACUGCUCCUGGCCUCCUCCCUGGGGGCUUUGGGUAGAGGGGCUGGGGGUACCACCGCCAAGCAGCUCCAUGACCUCCUCCAGACACCCACUUUCUCCAAGAAACCUGGCCAGGCUGGGGAGCUGGCAGGGGGGCUGCAGUCUCUCAGUGAGGCUAAUGGCACCAGCUUCAGACUGCACAGCUCUUCUGCUGUGUUCUCCAAGCAGGGGCCACAGCUGAGUGAGGGUUUGAUGAAGGAGAGUAAGGGAAAGUUUGGGCUGAAACAUCAGACCCUGGGCCAGGGGGAUUCCAAGAGGGACCUGAAACAGUUCCAUGCCUGGGCGAAGGAGAGCAUGGGUGGGGUGGAAGGAGCUCCGUUGAGGGGUGAGAUCCAGACAAAGACUGGAGCUCUGGUCGUGGCCAACGCCCUGCAUUUUAAAGGAUUGUGGGAAAGAGAGUUUAAUGAGGACACCUCAGAUCUUCGCACCUUCCUGGGAGCCAAGUACACCAAGGUGCCCAUGAUGCACAGAGCGGGUAGACCACUUUUUCAUGCGUCACUUUUUCAGCUCUGCAUUGUUUUUUUCUCUCCACAUACUCACCCUCCCACUCCUCACCGUCACUACGAGGAUGUGGAGAACAUGGUGCAGGUGCUGGAGCUGGGGCUGUGGGGGGGUGGGGCCAGCGUGGUGCUGCUGAUGCCCUUCCACGUGGAGAGCCUGGCCCGCCUGGACAAGCUGCUCAGCCUGGACCUGCUGGCCAAGUGGCUGAACCACACCUCCUCCACCAGCGUGGCCAUAUCCCUGCCCAGGGCCAACCUCAGCAGCACUCUAAGCCUACAGAAGCAGCUGUCAGCACUGGGCCUGACCGAUGCCUGCGACCAGAAGACUGCUGAUUUUUCCGGGGCCUUUGGGAAGAACCAGGGAAAUCUCCACCUGGGGGGAGUCCUACACUGGGCCUCCCUGGAGCUGGGCUCCGAGGCUGGGCAGGGGGCGGCGGAGCUGGGGGACGAGAUUGUGGAGAAGAAGCCCAAGGUGUUCUACGCGGACCACUCCUUCGUUGUCCUGGUGAGGGACAACAGCACUGGGGUCCUGCUGCUGCUGGGGGCUGUGGACCUGGUGGAGGGGGAGGCCCUCCAUGACGAGCUGUAGACCCACCCAGACCCAACAUUGCCUGGCCCCUCCGACACCAUCUCAAUCACACGCACGGGAAUGCACGCUACACAUGCGCACACGCUCUCCCUCACACACACACACACACACACACACACACACACACACACACUCUCCCUCACAUGCACACACACACACACUCUCCCUCACACACUCACACACAGGAUUUCAAAAUAACCCAGCAACUAAGAUUUUUGUACUUUACGCACACACACUCUCUUUCCCUCACACGCACGCACUCACUUAGUCACACACACUUGUUCCACUGUAACAGACUGCUUUGUGUUUUGUAAGCUGAGACUGGCCCAGAGAGACUUGGCUAUGCCAUUCAUUCUGACACAGUAUCAGACUGAGGCUGGCUGUCACAUAGCAUCACUGACACUCAGGACUCUGACACGUCGUGACUCAGACACACUGACACUUGUGGCACACACGAGUGGAAACACUAGAGAAUUACCAUAUUUGAAAGAUCUUUUAAGACAAAAACUUGCACGCACACACACGCUCGUCCAAACACGCAUACAGGCCGUGACAGAUUGGACCUCAGAGGACUGGCAGUGGUGAGAGAGUCAACAGUGACAAACUGAAAAACAGGAGCACACUAACAAACACGCUGACAAAGACCUGGCGCUGACUGACUUUCAACAACACGGCCGCUCGCCGGACGGAGACUCACCGAGUCCUUCCAGGAGACAGAUUGACGACCCAGCGGGGGGGUGUGUUGGUAUGCGUGGCAGUCACAUCAAGGGUGCCCCCGUUGACGGUACACAGCCAGAUAAGCUGGCAGGGGGGUCGCAGCGUUCCCCCGGGUGGCAUCUUGGGGAGAGCGAUCACUCAGCCGAGUGGUUAUUGAUGGGCCAGCUUAAUGCUAAUGGCGCUAAUGACUCAGAAUGGCUGUCAACAACGUGGAGGUGACGGCCAACCUUUCAAUCUCUUAAUUCCAUCAGGGAUCAAUGGAGGCCCUGGCUGCCUUGUCGCCCUCUGCUAAUACGCUGUAACCAAUUGUGUCCGUCGCCUUGAAUGCGCUUGAUUUGAUGGUUAUUACGGCCAUCAUCUGUGUUAUUGAUUCAAUAUGGGCUUUUCAUAUGGCCCUGUGGUGCAUUAGAGAACGAGAGAGGCGAGGGAAGUGAGUGAACGCAGUCAGCUAAACGCUGCCAUCGACUGUGGUGCAAGAUGUUGAGUUUUAUACCCUAAUACAUUACCGCGGUGGGUUGGAAGAAAUCAUUUUGUUUGUCGAACGCGUCAACAAGAGUUAUUUCUUUUUCAGUGUUAAUAAAAUAUGGUCUUAUUUCAAGACGGUAUUGCCUUUUUCAAUCUCUUUUAUAUUUCAAUUACCUAC